AUGGCCAGGACCAAGCAAACUGCGAGAAAAUCCACCGGAGGAAAGGCCCCCAGAAAACAAUUGGCAUCCAAGGCAGCGAGAAAAUCUGCGCCAGUUUCGACCGGAAUUAAAAAACCCCACAGAUAUCGUCCAGGAACGGUCGCCUUAAGAGAAAUUCGAAAGUUUCAAAAGUCUACUGACCUUUUAAUUAGAAAAUUGCCAUUCCAGAGAUUGGUCAGGGAAAUUGCACAGGAAUAUAAAACCGACUUGCGUUUUCAAUCCCAAGCUGUACUGGCAUUGCAGGAAGCCGCUGAAGCCUACUUGGUUGGACUCUUCGAAGACACCAACUUGUGUGCAAUUCACGCCAAGAGAGUCACCAUCAUGCCAAAGGACAUACAGCUGGCAAGACGUAUUCGUGGAGAACGAUCAUAA